AUGGAACUGCCGGAUGUACCUGAUGGUACAGAUUAUAAGUUCCGAGGUAUCUCAUUCUCGUCAUGGCCAACUUCUUCAGAUUGCUCAGUUUUUGCCAUAAGAAACUACGGGAUAGAUGAAGUAUUUAUCUCCUUCAUUAAACGGGGAGAUGAAACGUGGACAUGUGGCAUCUUAGAUAAUGUUUAUUUGCCUCCUGGUAAGAAAGAUAUUGCAUAUGAGCCAACUCUCAACUGUCCAAUAUUCUCCCGUGGAGCUUUCUAUUGUUUGAAUCUGAGUGGAGCUUUAGGAGUAUUCAAAUUCGAAGAAAAUGGCAUUGCCUGGGACAUUCUUUCCAUGGUUCCCCGGUCUACUUGUGGUUUUAUCAAUAAGAGUUAUUUGGUGGAGCUUGAAGGAAAGCUUUUAUCUGUACUAUUAGGCCAUUUCGGAAAAUGGGUUCGGAUAUUUAGAUUGGACAUGUCGGAAAUGGUUUGGGUUGAAGUUGAAAAUUUAGGACAGCAUGCGUUGUUUAUUAGCAAUACAUCUUGUAUCGCAACAGUUGCUCCGACUAGUCAAAUGGAGAACAAAAUUUACUUUCCUAGGUUGCACAAUGAAGGAAUUUUAUUUUAA